CUCACGGACGUGAUUCACAGCCCGGACAAAGCCAUGUUGUUGUUCAUCACUUGUUUUGCACUUGUUGCUUCGGCACUGGGAUGUGGGAGACCCUCAAUCAGUCCCCAAGUCAGCGGCCACAACAAGAUUGUAAACGGAGAGAAUGCUGUGCCUGGGUCCUGGCCUUGGCAGGUUUCACUUCAGGAUGGCAGGGGAUUCCAUUUCUGCGGCGGCUCUCUGAUUAACCAGAACUGGGUGGUUACCGCAGCUCAUUGCCGUGUGUCUCCCAGAAGCCACCGUGUGAUCCUGGGUGAGCAUGAUCGUCAAUCCAACCAGGAGCAACUUCAGGUCAAGACCAUCUCCAGGGCUAUCUCGCAUCCCUAUUACAACUCACAGAACUUCAACAAUGACAUCACCCUUCUGAAGCUCUCCUCCCCAGUUCAGAUAACCAGGACUGUAGCUCCUGUAUGCCUGGCCAGCUCCAGCACCAACGUCCCCUCCGGAACCAAAUGUGUCACCACUGGAUGGGGCAGGACCGGCCAAACCUCAAGCCCUCGUUACCUGCAGCAGACUUCCUUGCCCAUGCUCACCCCGACUCAGUGCAAGCAGUACUGGGGUUACAAUAGAAUCACCGACGCUAUGGUCUGUGCUGGUGCUUCCGGAGUCUCCUCCUGCCAGGGUGAUUCUGGUGGUCCCCUGGUGUGCCAGAGCGGUGGAGCUUGGACCCUUGUGGGUAUCGUGUCCUGGGGCACCUCCAACUGUAACGUGCGUACCCCUGCCGUGUACGCCCGCGUGUCCUACCUGCGCAGCUGGAUUGACAGGACCAUCGCCUCCAAUUAAGUUGCAAACCAAAUUUAUGCCUAUAUGAACCCCUCCGCUUGUCAUCCUAGUGGUCACCUGCGAUCUACUAUUUUGAUAAAACUGAAAUACUAGCAGGAUCUUUCUGUCCAUCUAAUUUGUGCACAAAUUAAAAACUUUAACUUUCA